AAUAAAUGCAAAUCGAAUAAUUAGAAGAAGAAGAUAAUUCAAUUUAAGCAUUAAGAGCUAAAUAUAAAGCAAUGAUAUCAGUUUAGAUAUUAGAUGUUGUUAUUAGAUGUUUAAUUGGAAGUAUGUGGGCUUUAAUUACAUAUUCUUCUAUAUUAGGAUUCUUUAAAUUAUUUAGAAUUGUAUAUAAUCAAUAUAAGUACAAUUAUUAUAAGGAUAAAUGGCUUAAAGAAGUAUCUUUAUAUGAAGAUGAAGAUUGUAUAAAUCAAACUAAUGAGAAAUAUAAAAAAAUAAUUAUUUUAUAUCAUGAUCGUUUGGAGAAAUAUGAUAGAAAAUUACAAUAAGGAUUAUACAGAUAUUCAUUAUUAAUUCUAAUUGUAUUUGGGUUCAAUAUAGCAUGGUGUUUUUUCGAUUAUAUGAGAUCAUGCAUGAUUCAUGGAUUUGUAAUGUUUGUUAUUUAUCAAAUCUAUUGCUAUUUGGAUAAAGUGUACAUAAAGCCAUAUUUUGAGAAAUUAGAACAUGAAAAAGAAAAAAAGAGAUUAGAUUCACAAAUUGCAAAAAAUAAAAAAUAAAAUUGA